UGCAGUGCGUUUGGGUGGUCCACACAUGAAAUCAUGGAAUACCAGGAGGAAAAACUGACCGAAGCACUCGUUCUUGCCAGGACAAGAGCAAUAGACCUUGAAAGCGUCACGAAAUUAAAUUUCUGGGGUUCCGAUAUUGACAAUGUCAGUGUGGUACGCAAAAUGCCUAACCUAGAAGUAUGUAGCCUGAGUGUCAAUAGCAUUAAGACGUUGGAGGACUUUUCCUACUGUCCAAAUUUACAAGAACUUUAUAUUAGAAAAAAUAAGAUUGAAGACCUAUCAGAAAUCAAUCAUCUUGCCACGUUGCCACGGUUACGGAAUCUAUGGCUUGCUGACAACCCAUGUGCGGAGACAGAAAACUAUAGAUCAAAUGUUCUCAAGACACUGCCAACCCUACAGAAAUUAGACAAUAUUGUCGUAACAGAAAGUGAAAGAUCUGAAUUUGCUGAUACUGAACUGCUUGAGAACAACACUGAGGACCCGGACCCUGAGACGACAGGUGCAGGGAUCGCUGGUAUAGAGGAUUCAAGUUCAGACCUCACAGAAAUAAAGGAUGACAGAGAACCAGAAACCUCGUUCGUUGAUAAGGAUCCAGAACUGGCCGGAAACUCGAGACACAUGAACUUAAAUGGUGAUAGAGAGGCAGAGAAAUCUCCUGAUGAAUCUGAAACAGAGGUCAAGGCUGAAACAGAGGUCAAGGAUGAAACAGAGGUCAAGACUGAAACAGAGGAGAAGUCUGAGGUGAAGGACAAUGACCCAAAGCCACAUAAAAGUGCUGCACUGGAUCCUGUAACACUGACAUGGGAGGAAACAAAUAAAAUUCGACAAGAGGUUGGAUUAAAGCCGUUACCUUACGAGAAGAUUACAUCUACUAGGCCUGUUCCUGGUAGUGCAAUGACGUCACGGAAUGCCCAUGUACUACAGGCAGUGUUGAUACUGAUACGAGAGUUAGACGAUGACAGUCUGGAGACGAUACAAUACGCCAUACAGAGGAAGCUCAACCCACCUUCUUGAUCACCAUCGCAGCAACUUCCCUAACUACACACAACAGCACCAACAGUCUGGAGAUGAUACAGUACGCCAUACAGAGGAAGCUCAACCCACCUUCUUGAUCACCAUCGCAGCAACUUCCAUAACUUCACACAAUGGCACCAACAGUCUGGAGACGGCCGAGUACGCUAAAAAUUCAUAGUCAACUAAUGUGCUUCAGACUUAAUGCAAAAAAGAGACAGAUUCUUAUUUCAUCUGUUUACGUAAGAUUAAACACAGUUCAUAUUCAAGAUAACUGAUCUUUUAAGUUUGGGAAAUGUUACGUUUAUUUAAUGUUGUUAUUAUUGUUCGCUCCAGAAACAACAGUAAUAGAGACCUGUGUGUCACUACCUUUCAUUCCUAUCAGUGGUAGAAAACUUAGACAAGAUUGAGGGUUAGGUGGUCAACACCUUCCUUGAAGUGUAAAUAUUAUUUUUGAGAAGACUUCAGUGUGUUUUACUGAAAUGAUUUCCAGGCAGGGUGAAUUUGUCGACUGUUGUUUACUGUUAUAUCACCACCCUGGUACACUUUCCUUGUCGGGCGUUUCAAAUCAAGGUCACCCUGUACUAGAAGUUAUUAAACCUCAUGUUAAAAUAUUCAAAAUGCACGAAGUUCCUGUUUUAUUUUGUAUAUAAAGAUGAUAUUUAUCAGGACAUUUUAUUGAGGUGCAUAAAUUAAUUAGAUAUAAUUAUUGUUGUAUAUGUCUACUACGAUUUUGUGUAUGUGGGUUACAAGAGAUUUAUUACUUUUGUGGAGACAGAUAACGCCUCCAACAGUGUGAAUUACUUCCCUUUGAACAGGUAUGAUAAUAUAUUAGGUCGCUUUUGCAUAUCCAGGUUGAAAAGAUUCAGGUUGUGCAGAAACAUUCUGUAAUAAACAAACGUGCUGGGAUAGGAACUGUGCCAAACUUAUAGGCAGAGGUACACAUACCGGGUACAUGGUUUUGGAGUUUUGUGACAAAUAAAUGACAGUUUAUGAAGAAUAAUUUGUCCUUCUUCCAUGCAUCCACCAAAUUUGGUACGAUAUUCUAAAAUAUACAUGUAAAGCAACCCUAUUGUAUGCAGAAAGUAAUGUAAACUAGCUGUAGUCAGUAUUUCAGUUUUGGUCAGACACCUCUUGACCCCUUGUUACGUACAUACUGAAUAUUCCAAAAGUUGGCCUUAGUUUAGAUCUGAGUCUGCCAAUUUCUCUUCAGAUUCAGCUGAUUUAAAAGGUUGAACUGGAAACGCAAAAGGAAACUAUUUUUAGAGGAUUUAUCACUUAAUAUUUUCUGUGGCUGAUAUUCAUUUCAUCCUGAUCCUCAAGCAUCAUUUAUUCAAAUCAGCCCUCUACCGUCACUUUUCAAACACAAAUUAGACCAUCUCGUAUCUUUUAAAAGCAAUCUCUU